AUGGCCAAACCACCACCAAAUCUAGUGGAAGAUUCGAUGGAAUCCAACAAAUCUUCCAAAGGCUAUCCCCCAAAGGCCAAGGGCAUGUCCUUCUUUGCCUUUCUUCUCUCCAAUAUUUUCAUUUACAUUUCUAUCUUUUAUAUCUUUGAUGACCUUUCUCCUUCCACUCUCUUCAACACCACCAAGUUUUGGUUCUUCAUUUCCAACACUCUCAUCCUCAUCAUUGCUGCCGACUAUGGUGCCUUCUCUUCCUCAAAGGCAAAGCAAGAUGUUUAUGAAGAGUUUAUGAUGCAUGGCCAAGUGAAAAAUGUCGUUUCACAACACCCAGAAGUCGUUGAAGAAAUCACUACCAAUUACAAGCAAGAGGUUGAUGAUGAUUUGCAAGAAAAGAAAGUGAUAUAUAUAGCUAAAGAUUUACAAGAGAAGAGGCAAGUUGAUCAAUAUAAGAUUCAUGCAAAAGAAACUUGUCGUCCAAGUAAGUCAGAAAAACCCAAAAGAGUAGUGAUUGAUGAUCAAAAGCUUGAGCCAAGCGUAGAAGAAGAUGAGUUUUCAAGCAUGUCUGAUGAGGAACUGAACAGAAGAUUUGAAGAGUUUAUUCAGAGAUUUAAUAGACAAAUUCGGCUUCAAGGGACUAGAAAAUUUAGGCUAAAUUUAAAAUAG